AUGGACGUAGACGUGGACGUGGACCUGGACGUGGACGUGGACAUGGACAUGGACGUGGACGUGGAUGUGGAGGACUUGGACGUGGAGGAUUUGGAUGACUUGGACGUGGACAUGGACGUGGACAUGGACGUGGACUUGGACGUGGACAUGGACUUGGACAUGGACGUGGACAUGGACGUGGACAUGGACUUGGACAUGGACGUGGACAUGGACGUGGACGUGGACGUGGACGUGGACGUGGACGUGGACAUGGACGUGGACAUGGACGUGGACGUGGACAUGGACGUGGACAUGGACGUGGACGUCGACGUCGACGUGGACGUGGACGUGGACGUGGACGUGGACAUGGACGUGGACGUGGACUUGGACGUGGACGUAGAAGUGGACGUGGACGUGGACGUGGACGUGGACGUGGACGUGGAGGACUUGGACGUGGACUUGGACGUGGACGUGGACGUGGACAUGGACAUGGACGUGGACGUGGACGUGGACGUGGACAUGGACAUGGACGUGGACGUGGACAUGGACGUGGACGUGGACGUGGACGUGGACAUGGACGUGGACAUGAACUUGGACAUGGACGUGGACGUGGACGUGGACGUGGACAUGGACGUGGACAUGGACAUGGACGUGGACGUGGACGUGGACGUGGACGUCGACGUGGACAUGGUCGAGGACGUGGACGUGGACGUGGACGUGGACGUGGACAUGGACGAGGAGGACUUGGACGUGGACUUGGACGUGGACGUGGACGUGGACAUGGACAUGGACAUGGACGUGGACGUGGACGUGGACGUGGACAUGGACAUGGACGUGGACGUGGACAUGGACGUGGACGUGGACAUGGACGUGGACGUGGACGUGGACGUGGACAUUGUCGUGGACGUGGACGUGGACGUGGACAUUGUCGUGGUCGUGGACGUGGACGUGGAUGUGAACGUAGUCGUGGACGUGGACGUGGACGUGGACGUGGACGUGGGCGUGGACGUGGACGUUGACGUGGACAUGGACAUGGACAUGGUCGUGGACGUGGACGUGGACGUGGACGUGGACGUUGACGUGGACAUGGACGUGGACGUGGACGUGGACGUGAACGUGGUCGUGGACAUGGACGUGGACGUGGACGUGGACAUGGACGUAGACGUGGACGUUGACGUGGACGUGGACUUGGACGUGGAGGUGGACGUGGACGUGGACGUGGUCGUGGACAUGGAUGUGGACGUGGACGUGGACGUGGACAUGGACGUGGAUAUGGACGUGGACGUGGACCUGGACGUGGUCGUGGACGUGGUCGUGGACGUGGACGUGGUCGUGGACGUGGACGUGGACGUGGUCGUGGACGUGGACGUGGACAUGGACGUGGACGUGGACGUGGUCGUGGAUGUGGUCAUGGACGUGGAGGACUUGGACGUGGAGGACUUGGACGUGGGCGUGGACGUGGACGUGGACGUGGACGUGGUCAUGGACGUGGUCGUGGACGUGGAGGACUUGGACGUGGAGGACUUGGACAUGGACGUGGACGUGGACGUGGACGUGGUCGUGGACGUGGUCGUGGACGUGGACGUGGUCGUGGACGUGGUCGUGGACGUGGACGUGGUCGUGGACGUGGUCGUGGACGUGGACGUGGACGUGGUCGUGGACGUGGAGGACUUGGAUGUGGAGGACUUGGACGUGGACUGA